UUAUUUGGUCUUUUUCGUGCUAUUUAGAUGGAGGAUAAUUCUCUUUUGUCUAUGCAGGUGGUUAUUCGACGGCUUCCUCCUUGUCUAACCAAGGAGCAGCUGGAGGAGCAGCUACAUCCUCUCCCUGCUCAUGAUUAUUUUGAGUUUUGCACUGCUGAUCCCAGCCUUUAUCCUCAUCUCUACUCAAGAGCAUACAUUAACUUUAGAAAUCCUGAGGACAUCCUCCUUUUUAGAGAUCGCUUUGAUGGCUAUGUCUUCAUUGAUAAUAAAGGUUUGGAGUACCCUGCAGUGGUUGAAUUUGCUCCAUUUCAGAAGAUUUCAAAAAAGAAAUUAAAAAAGAAAGACACCAAGGCUGGGAGCAUUGAAGAUGACCCAGAAUAUAGGAAAUUUUUAGAAAGUUACUGUGCUGAUGAAGAGAAAAUCUGUGCCAAUCCUGAGACUCUUUUGGGAGAGAUUGAGGCCAAAACAAGGGAACUCAUUGCUAGAAGAACAACACCCCUUUUGGAAUAUAUUAAAAAUAGAAAAUUAGAAAAGCAGAGAAUUCGAGAAGAGAAAAGGGAGGAACGAAGGCGGAGGGAACUGGAGAAGAAACGUCUGAGAGAAGAAGAGAAAAGGAAACGCAGAGAGGAGGAGAGACGUAAAAGGAAAGAAGCAGAAAAACAUAAGAAAAUUUCUGAUAAAGAAAUAAGGAUCAAGCUUCUUAAGAAGCCUGAAAAAGGAGAUGAGCCAGCCAGCGAGAAGCACAAAGAAAAAGACGAAGAAGCUGACACUGAAGAAAACAAAUGGGAUAAGUCUCCUGGACCUGGGAGUAUAAGAUCCAAAUCAUUGGAAGGUUCACUAAAAGAGCUUAAGGAGAAGUCACAAAAUGAUAGUGACAAAGAGCAAAGAGAUUUGGAGAGAAGAUUUCGAGACAAAGAACCUGAAAGGCAAAGGUAUCGACUGGAUGAUGGCAGGAAGCAUAGAACUCACUAUGAGUUUGACAAGUUUGUGAGAAGGAAUGAAGAAGAGCUGAAAUGGGGGAAAGGAUACAACCAAGACAGAGGAAAGAAAGGGAACCACAACUACAGCUUCACUGUGGAGGCAGUAGACAAACUGGGUAAAGAGGACAAGUGUGAUGACAUGGCAUCCAAAAAGGAGCGCAUAAGAAAUAAGGAUCGCCCAGCCAUGCAGCUGUACCAACCAGGGGCUCGCAUCCGAACGCAUACGGGAUCCAUGAGUAAAGGCUAUGACUGCAGUGGGAAGUCUUUGGAAGAUGCUCUUGACAAAAAGUAUGAGGUGGAUAGCUCAAUGGGAGGCGGCUCUGAGAAGAGCGAGGAAGCAGAAUAAAACAAACUGGAGGAAAGACUUGUGAAAAGGGAUGAGCUUCAGAUUCAACAUCACCACAUAGAGCCAUUUCAGAAGCCCAACACCAACAGAAUUGUCAUAGCUAUCUCUUACUUCCUCUGAAAUAAAGAAUUGGGGAUGUAUAAAGUAUCUUACAGCAAAGGAAUGUGAUUGCUUUUGUACAUAAAGCAGAGCAAACACCAUUUGCCUAACGUAAAAGCGGUCUAAUGUUUUAUUAGAUUCACUUUGAGAUAUAAAAUCUCUAAUAGUUUUAAAGGAACGUUUCUAGAACGCUUGAGAAGCGAUCUCACCUUUGCAAGCCUAAAGAAACUAACUGUGGAUUUGUGUCAUUGUGAGGCCUGAAGCACUUCCAAGUGUUGGGUGCACGGCAGCCCCAGGGCCCCUUCCUGCACAUGGCAGUGCUGCCCAGCGCUGUGCGCCCCGGGGAGCUCCGCAGCCAGCAGUGUUUGCAGGAAUAGCACUGAGUGUCUGUACGUACCUUGUGUGUUCACAUUGUUUUCCAAUUAACUACAGCGUCAAGUAAGUGUUAUCAAAGCUACGAGUGUGUUGUCACAGUGUCAUUUUCGGAGCCACUUCUGCCUUUUAUGUUUUAAUGGAUUCUUGUACUUAAAGCAGAGAAAAGCUAACACAAACCUCAGCACUUAAUGUGUAUGGUUUUCUUAAAUUAGCUGUUUGUUUUUUUAUGGUUUUGACACUGUCUUUUCCAGAAGUGAUUGUACAGCGAUGACUUUUUAUAUGCUGAUGUUUGAUGUAAGAUGCGGUUGCAGGAUCUGGACAACAUCUGACACGUGAGAGUUCAGAAGUUCAGUUUGUUUAAAGGAAAACAAACACGAGUGUCAGCUGCGAAGUCCCAUUUUGUAAGAUCCAAGUCAAAUUCUGCCCUCUGAUGCAGGCACAUAUAUAUGUGUGUGUGUAAAUAUAUAUAUAUAUAUAUAUAUAUAUAUAUAUAUAUAUAUUUACAGUGUUUCCAUCGGAACAGCUGCAUGUUUAUGGAAGGGCAAAACUUAGGCAUCUUUUACAGCUGAAAGCUUCACAGACAUUGAAACGGAGACCUGCUGUGUUGAUAAAGUUAAAUGGUAAGACACUCAUUUACUUUUUACAUCCUCCUGGAGCAUUUUGUUAAGCGUAAUAUCUAGCUGUUCUACACUGAAAAAUUACUGAUUGUAUUUUCCAAGAUAAUAAGCAUUAUGUGAAUAAAAACAACAGGAUUUUCACUAUGAUUUUAAGAAGUGAUCUUAUGUAGUUUUUCUGUCUGCACUCUAAAAAACAUAAGUAGGGUGCUGCGCUACUCUGUAUUCCUCAGAAAUAGAUAAAAAUAGCAUUGAGAAAAGUUUUAAUAUCAAGCUAUGUGAGUGAGAAGCCAACUGAAACUUCUUCAAAGCGUAAGUGAAACAACUGUUGGAGAAUCAUUUGCUUUUAUCUUCAGCUGAAGUUUAUAUUGUGUAAGGUUUAUUCUGACUGCUGAGAAGGGAUCUGAGUUCAGCUUCCCGGCUGAAUGAAAGAGCCUGGCUUGGUUUGAGGAGAAGGAAACCCAACCAGGACAGUUCUCCUGCAAUAGGGGCAGACAGGGCUCUGUCUGCCUCAGAUUGGGGUCUGCAUAAAUACAACCAUUUCCAACCCAUUCAGCUGCCCAGAGGACAUGGGCAGAGCCUUGCUGGCUCAAGCAGGAGUCUUGUUUGUGAGAGGAACCCACAAGAGCUAGAGAAGAAAUUAUGCACAUCCUCACAUGCUUAGCAUUUUUUGUCCAAAGGACACCUGCAUUCUGUUUGAUUGCAGCGAAGCUGGCCUUGGGUUUACACAUCUGCACACACAGGGUAUCCAGAACAUUGAUAUUCACAGGGGAAGCCGGGUGGGAGGAGCUGCCACCUGCUCAGUGCUUGCUCUUUUUCCUACGCGCCUCCUGAUGACACAAAAUAAAUGCAGGCUUGCAGCCUGUCUUUGUACA